UUACUAAAUGCUUAUAGCAGAAUAACAUCGUCAGUGGUCAGCCAUUAUUGUGAGAUAUAAAGUUGUUCCAUAUUUGUUAAUAUAGAAGUAUAUAAAAAUAUUAAUUGUUUGUGAUUUGAGUUUAUUAUAAAAAUGCAUACAAUACCAGAAUUAGGUACAAGCGUACCUGCCUUUCUUGCAAAACUUUGGAAACUAGUUGAAGAUCCUGAGACCGACGACCUUAUUUGUUGGUCACCUAAUGGACGAAGCUUUUUUAUUCGAAAUCAGGCACAAUUUGCCAGAGAAUUAUUACCACAUUAUUACAAACAUAAUAAUAUGGCUAGCUUUGUGCGGCAAUUAAAUAUGUAUGGAUUUCAUAAGAAAGUUUCUGUAGAAUUAGGCGGUUUAAAAUGUGAUAGGGAUGAAAUGGAAUUCGCACAUCAAUUUUUUUGUAAAGGUCAUCCAUAUCUUGUUGAACAUAUUAAAAGAAAAAUUGCAUCAAGUAAAGGUCAAGAUCCAGCUCUUACACCUAUUAAGCCAGAACUAAUGAAUAAAAUGUUAACAGAAGUAAGAAGUAUGAGAGGUAGACAAGAACAUUUAGAUUCGCGAUUGGGUGCUAUGAAAAGAGAAAAUGAAGCAUUAUGGAGAGAGCUUGCAAUGCUUAGACAAAAACAUUUAAAACAGCAACAAAUUGUAAACAAAUUAAUUCAUUUCCUUGUAACGCUAGUACAACCAUCAAGAAGUGGUGGACUUUCUGUUAAAAGACGGUAUCCAUUAAUGAUAGAUGAUUCUAAUCGUCAGCGUAAUAAACAAAGUAAAAUUUCAAAGGCACAAACAUCUCCAACAGGACCUGUUAUUCAUGAACUUGAUUCUUCUGAACCAGAUUUAGACUCUCAAUACAUAGUUGCUGAAAUGUUAGAGAAUCAGCAACAUCCAGCAAUAGAAAGUCCUGAACAUCCCAAUGAUUCAUCAUUAGUAGAUGAUGACAGCAUGGAAACUAUACACUUAGUGGAUAAUGCGGUUCAUCUUCAAAGAAAUGAUAUUAGCUUGGUUAAGUCACAAGAGAUAGAUGCAAAGAAGAAACGACCCUGUAAGGGUAAAAAAAAGAGGAAAAACAAGGUGCCUGUCAAAAUUUUGAUCCCAUCAACGGAGAAUGGACAAGAGUCAAGGGAAGAAACACAUUUGCUCGAAAUACCCAUUGAGGACUCUCCUGUGACGAUUGCAUUAUUGGAGAAUAAUUCAGUCACUUCUAAACCAAUACCAGUGGCGACUGUUCGUAGUUCCAAGUUAGCAGCUAUGGCUGCUAACAUGAGUAAAUCCAAUGAAGUUGAACCUGAUGUUGAUAUUGAACCAUCAACUGAAAUAGACGACGAUAUUCAAGAAACUGACUCUUCUCUGGUGAAACUUGAAGACAUAUUAAUUGUUCCCGAAAUUAUCAAUAAUAAUAAUAUGGAGAAUGAUGAAAAUGAAGAGAAUAGCAAUAACAGUUCCAAUAGUCAAUCUGCAAGGCUUAAUAAUGAUUUCAUGAAUGUUAAUCACGAAGAAAAUAUCAUAGAUGAAGAUAAUCAGAUUGUUGCAGAUAAAAGUGAAGCAUCAAAUUUGUCGGAGCAACAAAAAUAUGGCUGCAAUAAACCAGACAGAAGUGAUUCAGUAGACUUAUCUUUGAGUUGCGUCAAUCCUUCAGGCGUACCUGAUGCUAAUUACAGGUUAGGAACAAUGGAGGAAAUGGAUAAUCAUCUUGAAUCAAUGCAGACGGAAUUGGACAAUCUUCGAGAUAUCCUACGUGGUGAAGGAUAUAGUAUUGAUGCUAAUACACUUCUUGGGGUAAAUACACUUUUUGGGUUAUUUGGUGCAGAGGAUUCUUCAAUGUCAUUUGGCAUAUCCGUUAAUUCAGAUUUGGAUAGACAUUGUGAUAAAGAAGAUGAUGAUCAAUCUGCAGUUGCUGACUCUAUAAGUGGAAAUGGUGGGGGAGAAUUAAUGGCAUAUAACCCUGCACCUAGUUUAUUAGAUUUUGAUGAUGACAUAUUUUUGGGUGCUACUACAUCAUCUCCAAUUACUAAUUCAGCAAAUGAUGUGUCUUCAAGUAAUCUAUAUGCUUCAGAUCCCCUUGAUUUAGAAGAUAACAAAACUUCACUUCUUGAAUCUUAUGUAGGAAGCAAUGAAAAUAAUAAUUCGUAAAAUCUCUUUAAGCUUUCGAGGAAAGGCUACUGGAUUCUUAAUUACCUAUAUGGUAAUACCAUCAUUUUAGUUUUAUUUAAUAUAACAAAAAUUAUCAUAAAAACAGCAGCAGAUUUAAUGUCAGAUGUAAAACAAUAAUAAUAUUAAUGAAAAAUUAGUUCUUUUUUUUUUUUUUUUUUUUUUUUUUUCUUACAGUAGAAAGUAUAACGUAAUACAUCAAAUAAAUACCAUUGGUUUGAGCUAUACUGCAACUCAUGAAACGAAGAAAAAUAUUAAUUUUAGUAUAUAAUUUUAUCAAUUUUAAUUAGUAAAAAUAUAUAUCACAGAUAUAAGUUAUUUUCACAAAAUAAUUUUUUUGUACAUAAAUAUGGAAGUAACAUCAAUAACAAAGUGUGAGGCAAGUUUUAUGCAAUGUAGUAGGUGCAUUAAAGAGCAACCUUCUUUUAUAUAACGCAUCUGAGAGAUAUGCUGUUAGAAUUAAAAAUUCAAAUGGCGUGAUAUAUGUAUGGACAUGUUAAAAAAGAUAUGUUAUGUCAUUAUAUUAUAUUUUUUGCAUAAUUGUUAAUUAGAUUAUUAUAAUAAUAUAAAAUAAAAUGUAUAAAGUGAUAGUGUUUGAGAACUAAGAUUUCAGCGUUCAGUUUUCAUACGAUUUCCUCGCUAUCACACGUGCUUUAAAAUUAUUAUUAAUAAACGUGAUCUUUUUU